AUGACAAACAAAAACUAAUACACACGCUCAUCAGAAACAAGUUUCCUUGCAAAAUUAGGGCACCCGUUAUUUUGUACUUCAGACUCCCUCUGCUCAUAAACUAUAACUGAAAUUAGGGCACAGCGAGAUAGAGCAGAACACCAUCCUCAGCCAAAUUGAAGAUGACGAGAAUUCCUCUGCUGCGUUGCUCUUACAAUGGUACUAUUCCCGGCUUUAUUUCAUUCUUUGCUAAUUCUCAUUCUGGUUCGGAAUUUAUAAUUAGAGAUUAUUAUUCUUCUCAUAGCAAUAUUGAGAAUGUCAAGUGUUUAGAUGAUUCUCUGAGCCUCUUUCGUCGAAUGGUCAGAACUCAGCCUCUUCCUUCUGUUUUUAGCUUCUCCAAAUUAUUGAAGAAUAUGGUAAAUAUGAAGCAUUACUCUUCUGUUGUUUCCCUUUUUCGACAAAUGCUGAAAUCGGGUAUCCCAAUUGAUGGUUUCAUCUUGAGUAUCGCGAUCAACAAUUAUUGCCUAAUGCAUAGUUCUGACUGCGGAUUUUCGGUGUUAGCCAUUUACUUGAAGAAGAGCAUUCCAUUUAAUGUUGUCACCUUUAGCACCUUACUAAGAGGACUCUUUGCGGAAAGUAAGAUAAAAGAUGCAGUUAACUUGUUCAAAAAGCUGGUGCGAGAGAAUAUUUGUGAGCCUGAUGAAGUCAUGUAUUCAAUUGUCAUGAAUGGGCUUAGCAAAAUGGGCCAUACUGAAAAAACUUUCGAUUUGUUUAGGGUAAUGGAACAAGGAAGCACUAAGCCCAAUGCAUACAUCUAUAGCAUUGUUGUAGAUGCCCUAUGCAAAGAUAGAAAGUUAGAUGCUGCAAUUAGCCUUUUUGAAGAGAUGAAACAAAAAGGCAUUCCUCCAAACGUUGUCACAUAUAAUUCAUUGAUUGAUGGUUUCUGUAAGCUUGGUCAGUGGGAAGAGGUUAGGACUUUGUUCUUCGAAAUGGUAAAUCUUAAUAUUUAUCCAGAUGUCUGCACCUUGACCAUAGUGACAGAUGGACUUUGCAAAGAAGGGAAAGUUGAAGAUGCCGAAGAGAUAAUGAGACACUUGAUCGAAAAAGGUGUAGAGCCAAAUGUGGUCACCUACAAUGUGAUAAUUGAUGGAUAUUGCUUGCGCGGUCAAAUAGAUAGAGCAAGGAGACUUUUUGAUUCCAUGAUAGAUAAGAGCAUUGAGCCUACCAUUAUUAGCUACAACAUAUUAAUAAAUGGAUACUGUAAGAAAAAGAAAUUGGAUGAGGCCAUGCAUUUGUUUCAUGAAAUUUCUCGAAACGGAUUGAAAUUUAGCAUUGUUACCUACAAUACUAUCUUACAAGGUCUAUUUGAAGUUGGAAGAACUGACAUUGUGCAAAAAUUCUUUGCUGAUAUGCUUUCUAUGGGGCUCAUACCUGAUUUAUGCACUAAUCGCAUUUUGCUCCGUGGUUAUUUUCAGAAUGGACUUGUUGAAAAAGGUAUGUCUCUAUUUCAUGAGUUGGAAAGAAAGAGAGAAGAUAUUGAUAUUGAACUUUACACUGUUAUUAUUGACGGAUUGUGCAAAAAUGGUCAGCUCGACAAAGCUCAUGCUAUUUUUGAGAAGCUUUCUUUGAUUGGAUUGUUUCCCAAUGUGAUUACAUACACUACAAUAAUAAAUGGACUAUGUUUAGAAGGGUUGUUAGAUGAAGCUAAAGAUAUGCUAAGAAAAAUGGAGCACAAUGGUUGUUCGCCAAACAACUGCACUUACAAUGUUAUUGUGCAAGGAUUUCUCAAGUGUGGCAAAAUUAGUGAAAUGAACACUUUUUUGAAGAAAAUGAGUGGAAGGGACUUCUCGUUUGAUGCAAGUACUGUAGAGUUACUAAUAGACGUUUCAGCAAAGGAUCCUUCUUUGCUUAACAUGAUACCACAAUUUCACUCAGGAAGUUAGAAGUGAAUAUUUAUUUCACUUGUUAUCAAUAUGAUGUAAUUUCCUUUUACCUUGGCCAAAGAAAUCACAUCCAAUGGAAUGGCAGAAGCUGAAAGCAUGCAAUUAGAACAUUGCUUAAGCUUUCCAAGCUAGCUUAUUAAAGAGGUACACCUGUUCUGAUUUUUAAUUCCUUUGCCACUAUGCUUUUGGUUCCGGAUCAUAUUUUAUUGCACUCUUAAUAUGAGAAGUAACGUGAGUUUCCUUAUGUGUGCACAUUAUAAGUCUACUAGGAUUAUCAUUUUCAGUGGUAUAUAGUUAUCUUCAGGUAUUAUCAUUUUCUGACUUUUUGAAUAUCUGUAACUUAGAAUUUGCUGUAGAAACAUUAUUCUUGAUAGUUUCUAAGGUCUUGAUUACAUCAAUCAUAAUUGUGACAAUAGAGCUGACGUGACACCAUUGAGAACUCCAGGUCAGCUGAGAAGCUAAUUUCCGUGUUACGCGAGAGAGUGAAUUAUGGUGCUGGCGUUCGUCCUGGAUUUACGACAUCCGGGAUUCCAUCCACCGAUGAAAUUGCUGACAGAAUCAAGAAGAUGCUUGCAGGAUACCAAUAUACUCUGGUUUAACCUUGAUUGUGGCCUCAAGACUCGCAAGUAUACUGAAGUUAAGCCGUGCUCUCAGCAGUGGCUGGUGAAUUGUUCAAUGGUCCUCCUGGAGCAAACUGGACUGCAGAGGAAGCGGAAGCAGAAGAUUCUGUUGCACAUCUUGCAUUAAUGACACUGGCAACAGUUUCCUUGCAAAAGGUAAAUCACUUCAUCAUCUAAUAGUCAACCGGUCUUGUUUAUCUCUUAUUAAUUUAUCUCUCUCCCUCUUUUAUUUCCCUUUGUUUUUAGCAAAUGAAGGAUGCUGUUAUGGCAUUUGGUGAAGAGCUCUAGCACUACUUCUUAAUUACAUGACAUGUCACUGACGUCUUGGAUUUGACAAAAUCUUGUCAUAUUUUAGUUGACUAAAUGACAUGCCCGAGUAUUCUUCUUCUUUCUUAACUGCUGCAUUGACGGUUACAGGCCUGAGAUGCAGAGAUAUCCUGCUUCUUGGUCCAAUUUUCCCUUCUAUCGUAACUUGUUAUGCUUUAUCUGUCGUGUUGAAUGAGCAUACAUGAGAUGCAGAUCAUUUCACCUUAUUAGCAUUUAUGAUUUAUUUCAAAUGAUGAUUUUUGAUAGUGGUGACAUAGAGUCCAAUACCAAGAACUAAAACAGCAGCAGGAGUCAUUUUGUCGCUUUCCUUUAGCAUCUCGCGUUGCAGCCUACUCACUAGCAUUCCUCGAUUCAUUUUCAGAUUCACUGUAAGAACUUGCUUUCUCUCCUUCUUCUGAAGUGCCACUUGUACUACUUUUCCGGGACGGAUAUUUUUCUGGUAGAUUUUUAGCUUCUGGUUCCUCACUGGUUUUAGGACUAGUGUUCUUUGGCUUUUCUUCCGAGUAUGUGGUUCAUUGGCUGGUUUCUCUGCUGAAGUUCUGUUUUGGCUGUUUAACAUAAAGAACGCCAUUUUCAAACAAUUUGUAUGGUUGGCCAAGAAAACUAUGAAGGAAACAACUGCAUGUCCCAGUGAAUUCAUUUCUCUACUUCUUUUCUUACUUUUUCAAAUCUGGUUUCCGCUAUUCCUCUUCAAAAAAUUAUUGCUUCCAAUUUCCCAUAUGUAUGAAACUGGGUGAGAAAAUUACAGCGAUGAGUACGUACCAAGUCACUGAUAGUGAAAUUGUGAGAGAAGAGAGUAACAGAUGAUUGCUCCACUCUCUUCUUUGUGGACUUGGACUUCAUUUCGCGGAAUUUGAACUACCACACUUCAAACUCGACGAAUUUUUCUUGGAGUGCGAACUUCACCUUUUAAACAUCAGGAACAAUUUGUGAUAAAUGUUCAGUUUGAUAAAAGUUCCUAGAGUUUUUUCGUAUUUCAGCUAAGGAUAUUUUUGUUAAAAAUUCAUUUUCGCAUUUAAGUGGCUAAAGUUGAAUAGUUUUGAAAUGUUGGCUAAAACUUAUUAAAACAAGUCAUUUACCAAUUUCUUAUAAUACUUAUACUUAUUUAUUAGCGGUCACCACCUUCUAAAUUUGCUAACCAUUUUUCAGAACGGCAAGACAACAUUUUUAAGAAUUUUGACAAUGUCAAAUCCAUUCCAGUUUGUGCUAAGAAGUUCUUUGAUAAACUCAUUCUGGAUUUUUGACAUGUUUGUUUGCAGGCUGAAAGAAAAGCAAAGAACAUAGGAGACUAGCCAUUUCUGUAAUUCUGACUGGCUGGUUGUCUUUGUACUUGGCUGUACAACAAUUCCAUAGGAGGAAAAAAAUUCUAUUUCUGUAUUCUAAAAUUACAGCAAUAACUGUUACUAGAUGGACUGGCAAUUCUCCUUCUAACCAAGAUUUAGUUACUACCCCUUCAUAAGCAUCUUUACUCCUGGGGCAGCAAAUUGGGUGAAGCACUGGCCAAGGUAACUUAAACAUCUACAUCUCCGGAUGCAUGGAAGGACAACUCCAGUUUGAUACAAACCAAAACAAAUAGAAUGCAAUAAACAGGUGAGAUGAGUACGUUUUGAUGCCUUGAUAGUGAAAUUGUGAGAGAAGAUGAUUGCUCCACUCUCUUCUUUGUGGACUUGGACUUCAUUUUCAUGGAGUUUCAACUACCACACUUCCAACUCGACGAAUUUUUCUUGGAGUUCGAACUUCACCUUUCAAACACUUGUGAUAAAUGUUACUGUAUAAAAGUUCCUAGAGUUUUUUCGUAUUU